UGUGUGUGGAAACCACUUUGCCACCUACAAGGCUGUAAAUGAAACUCUUACCCAUGAGCUACCGUAACGGAAAAGAAGUGUUACAUAAGAAGCUUUUAAGGCAACCAAAUGCCUGUGCAACAUUUCUGCACACCAUUGCAAGCUGCUGCACAGUCCUUGCCUUAAGGAGCAGCUUAGUUCUUCAAGUUCUAAAGGAUGUUGUCAGAAGGGUACCUCUGUAUAAUUCCUUAUCAUGAUCUUAUGAAUUACAAGCUCACUUGCAACCAAGGAGAAGAGACAGUACAUGAGAUGAGGUCUCUGAAUGGUAUCACCUAUGACUCAACAGAGGAAACACAGGACAGAAAUCUCUUUUGGAGGUGUAAGUCUGUUGGCAAGUUCAUCUUCUCUGUUUGUUCCAAUGAAAACAGAAACAGUAGAAGGCAGAUGGAUACACAGACUCCAAAUCCAGUAUUGGAAAGGCAAAUAUCUCCAGCUGUGGAAAUCUGUACAGGACCUGCUAUAAACAGAGACACUUACCUAGUUCCACCUUCUUGUAAAAGCAUUUGCAAGAAUUACAAUGACCUGCAUAUUGCUGGUGACCAGGUACUACCUAUGAGUUCAGUUAAAACAGAUUUUACCUAUGACAGUGGGAUAGGUCCAUUCCUGGAGUCAUCAGAGAUCCCACCACCAAUGGAAUCCCUAUCAGUGCCACCUGCUGAGGUCCCUCGCAAGCCAGCCAAUAGGUAUUCUUCAUGCUGGAGAGUGGCCAGCAUCAUGCAACACCAGCAACCCCUCUCAAAUUCACUACUGAAUAACUACUUGGAGGAGAAGGUGGUGGAGCUGUACAAGCAGUAUAUCAUGGAUGGCAUGGGUAGCAGUGCAUCCCCUACUCAGAUCUUGGCAUCAGAAUUCAUAAUGACCAAUGUAGAUCAAAUCAGCAUGAAGCUAUCACAAGAAAGGAACAUGAAGACCACCCAAGCCAAGGAUAUGGUCAUUAACUGCCUAUUGCGACUAGCCAGUGGGAAAAUCUCCACUGAAAUGAGCACUCCUAGUCUUCACAUUUCCCAGUUUAGCACUGUGACUAAAUAAAUAGAGUCUGCACAAUGACAUUUCUGAGUCACUUUUGUUAAAAGUCAGUUUCAUUUCAGUAAGGUAAAGUCCCUGGGAUAUGGUCAGAGCACUAAAUACUAACCAUUAUAUAGGCGAACUCCUGCAAGAAGGAUUGGUUUGUAAACCAUACUGAAACCUGAGAUGCUUUUUCUUCAAAUGUAAAUGCUUCAUGCUUCCUUCCAAUAAUCCUACUUCCACAUUUCCAAAUUUUAUUAACUCAAAUGUGGAUGUUGUCCCAUUGCAUUGCACUGUUUUGUAUCCUAAUGAGAGGGAACAUUGGCUCUGUUGCCUUGGCAAUGGGGACCAUUUUGUGUCCAGCUCCCUUCACCAAACAGUAGCAGGUUGGAGGAAUGGUGGCUUCAAACAGGCAUGAAGAAGAGCGUUGUUUCCCCAUUGGAAGAUUUUGCAAUUAAAAAUUAAACCUCAUGGGAAUUCAGCACAGUACUAAUUCUAAAUAUCCCUUUUAGUGUGUAAUUAUUUUCCUCCCUUCCCAAUACCUUGAGCCAAGUGCAUUU